AUGACAGAAACUAUUUCCCGAAUCGCACCCCCAUUUGGUCUAUAUAUUCCCUGUCCCCUCCCCUCCCCCUCUACGCCAACUGUCCCCAUACAACUCAUUUGGGAAGCUUACGUUGACGGGUGCGAACCUGGUGCACCGCCACCAACCGGCCAGCCCAAUGGCCACCACCAUUCGCACCAUCACCACAACCAAAACACACACCACACACAACAACACCAUCCGCACCACAACCCCCACCACAACAACAAUCACGUGACAAAUGGCGGUCAAACGGGUGGAAAUACGGUCACCAGCAGUAGCGGGAAUACCGGGCCAACGGUCGGGCCCACCACAACCCUACUGCAAAACAUACUGCAACAAAGCCGCGCGGGUGCGGGCACUACAGGCGUGACCGUUAAUGGCGUACAACAAACCGGUGGUAAUAUAUACUCUAUUCAGCGUACGGGCGGCGCAAAUGGUAACAGUAAUGGCGGCACCAAUGGUGGCCCUAAUACUACGGCCGGCGCCACGACUACCACAUCACCGCUGCCCCCGUCGCCGGCCGACUCCGGCGUAUCCGACGUGGACUCCCACUACUCGUCCAAUGAUGAGCAGCAGCAACAACAGCAACAGAUGGUUAAUGGAGGUCCUAAUGGCCACCAUCCCGGCCCGUACGGCGCCUACUAUUAUCCCGGUGCUCAGCGACAGACAUAUGGUUCAUCGGGCGCACCCGUUGGUAAGCACCAGGACCUACACCACAACCAGCACCACCACCACCAACAACAACAAAACCACCACCAUCAACAACAACACCAGCACCAGUAUCACCAUCACCAACAACAACAACAACAACAGUCGACCCAUACUAACCAUCACCACAGUCUGUAUUCACUUGAAUCUCCCAACGCUAACGCCAUCACCACAACCACCGCCACACCCGGGGUCAGCCCCGGCGGGGGCGGGGGUUCACAUACCAUACCCCUAUCGAUCGUAACGGGCGGUCAAUCGCCAACCAAUCCGAGCACAACGACUGGUGGUGUUGGCCAACAGCCGCCCCAACAUUUGCACACAUCUCACCCACACUUGUCCGCCACGUUAACCAAUGGCGGCGCCAGUAGUGGCCAACAGUCGCCGCAGAUUAGCACCGGUCGACCGAUUAAGCUGGAGUCGGCGAUGACCGGUGGCAACGCUACCUACUAUACGCCUAAUGGCGCUCAUUACUCAACGCCAGAUCACAAAGAUAUACCAGUGGUGACCGCCGGCAUAGGCAUGGGUGGCGGCGCUGAGGACCUGUCCUAUCACACCAACGGUCUGACCAAUGGUGGCGUAAUUAAGCGCAAAAAGGGCCGCAAACCCAAGAACUUGGAGAAUAUCAAUGGAAACACAAACCAUUGUUCCACAGCCACCAAGAGGAAAAGUCGCGAAGCCACCAAGAGGAAAAGUCGCGAAGGUUCGACGACGUAUUUGUGGGAAUUUUUAUUGAAAUUACUUCAGGAUAAGGAGUAUUGUCCGCGUUUUAUUAAAUGGACAAAUAGGGAAAAGGGUAUAUUUAAAUUGGUUGAUUCAAAGGCCGUCUCACGUCUAUGGGGUUUACAUAAAAACAAACCGGACAUGAAUUACGAAACUAUGGGUAGAGCACUCAGGUACUAUUAUCAACGGGGUAUUCUCGCUAAAGUGGACGGACAGCGAUUGGUCUAUCAGUUUGUCGACGUACCCAAAGAUAUCGUGGAAAUCAACGUCGACUCUAAUAAUUGUUAUAAUAGUAAAGAUAAUGCUAAUCUAUUCUUUAAACAUCACCCGAAUAUGGUUAACGUAUAG